AUGGUUCUUUCAAAUAUGGAAGUGCGAGCUUUCCAUUCAACGACGUUCAAGAUUCCUCGGAAAGAAAGGAGGCCAUCGGAAGGUAAGCAGUGUUUAAAUGUUGAAAUUGAAUCCUUAAUGUAUAACAACUUAGUUACAACGCGCACAGAAUGAAGAAAACCAUUUAUUCUAUAAAGUUAAAUGUUUUACUCUAGCGUCAUCAUUCCCAACACGGUGCCGCUGCGCUCAGCAAGUUAUAUUCUGGUUUAGUUAAUCAGUUUUACUUGAAGGAAUGUUUUGUUUUCUUUAUUCAAUUGCAACAGGCAUUUUAUCUCCGUAGCCAAAAAAAAUAGAUAAUGCCCCUAAGAAAAACGAAAACAAAAGAAUACUCGCGAGCAAAUUUUGACAAAUAGAAAAAGCGGCUUUUGUAACUAAUUUGUUUGUUUUCUUUGUUAUAUUUCUUGAGACUAUAGACAGUUAAACUCAACACAUGAAGAAUAAAUUUGAAUUAAAAAUGAAAAAUAAUGGUUAUGCCUGUUUAAGAUUAGUUCUUUCCUUUAGAAACUAAAACUCCAAUCGUAGAUUUUUGGUUCGUAGCGGUGAGCUGACGAAAACGUUUUGCCACGCAAUACAAGUGACAUCUGCCUCAAACAUCUAUUCCGUCGCUAAGUGACAAUGCAAGGCAGUCUUUUUGUGAUAAAAAUGUAAAUUAUUUUCUUCCGUGACUGAUUAUUUAAACAGGUCAAGACUACAAAUGUAUUAGAGCAUGUGUAGAAAUAUAUUAUGUGGAAAAGAAAAUGUUUUGUCUUUAUAAUCCAGUAAAACAUAAAACCAAAAUCACCAGGGGUAUUUGACAGUGUUUAUCAAGUUAAGUUUUCUCAGUAAUAUCUGUGGCGUUUUUGAAGACGGGAAGAAGCAUCAUAUUUAUGAACACCUGUUAACGUAGCCGCAGGGGAUGCUUUUAUUGGUUAAAAUUAUUGUUAGACAAGAGAGCUCGACUUUUACAAACACAACAGUGUUCUUUAUUGAAGAUUUGUCUUCAUGCCAGUCAAAGUGUCAACCAGCUGGAGUUUUUUUUUUCCAAAGUAACAAUUCCCUACCAAAAUAAAGACUGAUAGUGAUCUCUAGGAAACAUUGUGUAAAUGAGAGAAACUGGAGAGGUACGUGCCAUCCUCAACUCAACUCCUUCUGAAAAAAUUGUUCAAAAAUAUAAGCUUCAUAGAGUUUUUGUUUUGUUUUGUUUUUUUCAGAUCUUUUUGUAGAAUGAUAAUAGCUAUUGACUUUUAAGUUCACGAGUAAAUUCUUUCAUAACUUGCUAACCUGUAAAUUCGAUUCUGAGCUCCCUUUUGAAGUCUUACAAAUUUUGUGGCCUUAAUUUCUAUGUUCCACUAUGCUGAGUUUCGAAUUAUUUAAUGCCUUACAUCGCAGGAGUGUGAGAAAGGCCUAAUGUGUCUUCUUGUCGUAUUGUUUGAAACAAACAAGUUAAAAAGAAUAAAAUCUCGUAUUCCUAAAUUCCUAAUUCUUUAAAACAAGAUCCUUAAAAAAAAUAUUAAUUCGGACAGGCUCUAAUAUCAUUAUUAUUAUUAUUGUUAUUACUAUUAUUAUUAUUAGUAGUAGUAGUAGUAUUGCUAUUAGUGUUUUUAAUCUUUUUUAUGUCAUAAUUUAUCUGUCAGGCUUUGUCCUUAAGAGCUCGCUUGUUGUCCCUACAAAGUUAAUCUAUAUAUACUUGUGUUUUUACAGCUGUUCACUGUGACCAUAUUGAUCCAUUUAUAAAAUUGUCUGUGCGAAAAUAUCCUUCUACAAUCCUUCCAGGAUCGUGUCGACAUACCCCUAUCCUAUGGCUGAGCGUCACUUAAAUAGACCUUAUUCAUGCCAUCUUUGCACUAAGGCUUGAUUUCAAGGGCUGAUGAGAUAAAGGCAAUGUCACGUGGUAUUUCAGACGGCAAACACGUGGUAACAUUAUUUUGCCAGUACGAGUAAGCGCAGAUGAGUCUGUUUAUUCUCUCAAAAAGAUUCGAGGAUUUUAACCUCGCAAAAUGUGCAGUUUCGACAAGUUUUAAGUCAGUAUUGCUUUCUGUGAGAACAUCAACCGUUGCUACUGCAUCCAGAAACUGAAGAAACAACGAUCACUAUCUUCGUGAAAAGUUCUUCAUUUUCUGUUGGCUAAAGUAAACAAACUCGGGCGGGAUUUCUUGCAUUGUUGCUCGCACCCUGAGAAACAACGUGACAUUACUCUUAUCCCAUUAGUCCUUUAGCACGUGCAAAGAUGCCAGGUAUCGUGAAUGAGGUGUAUUGAUCCGAGUUUUUGCCGUCUUAGAUUGCCAGUACACUUUAUCAGGUGACUCCAGGGAAGCAAAAGACAUAGAAAACGCCGUUAAACGCCAAACAUGGGACUUAAACGACCUUGAUCGUGCUGUCAGUAUCUCGCAAAUCAAAAAGGUCGACAACCCGAACCUGGAGAGGGAAUACCACGAGAAAAAAGCUGAGCUACGACAUAAUGGCAGGUCCCUCAAAGAACUCUCUGAACAGCUAGCUUUUUGCGUUGAAACUGAAGAAAGCCGGGUAAAGGAGAUAUGCCGUUCGGGUUUGGAGUGCAGUGGAGUCGACCACACCCUUGGCGAUGGGGAUAUGGGGGUGACAGUGUGGAAAUGUCCUGAUUUGUGUCUAAAGGCCCUACAGUGGCCUUCUUCACGUUCAGCCUGCCUCAUAGUUUUUAAAGUAAGUAACGUGUGUUGUAUUGUAACUUUAUUGUUGUAUAAUAAUAUUAGAAUAACUGUAGCAUCUUGGGAGAUUUCCAAUAUGGAGAACAUGGUAAUUGGUUCUUGUAAGGGCUCACUGGGUGCUUUCUAUUCAGACCAAAAUUCCAAAAAAUUUCGAUUCGAAAUCCAACAGAACGGAACUUUUUUGUUUGGUUCGACCUAGCCUGCGCGCAGACGAAAUUAAACUCUGGUUAACUCCGUCUGCGAAACAGCGCCGAAGUCCUUGUUCUGGACUUCCAGCUGUGUACCCAGAUUUGAGUACGCGCCACGAUUGGCCAGUUAAAAAAGGCCUUUGUUUUGUUUGUCGUGAUCGCCAAUCAGGUUGAAGGGAAAUUCGAAACGCACUUCCGGUAAUUCGUUGAGUCCGUUGGGGGUUCAGAACAAGGCUCUCUGCGCUGCUUCGCAGACGGUACUAAUCAGAGUUUAUUUAUCGUCUGCACGCAGGCUAGGUUCGACGGGAAUAUUAAGGUGGUCCACUUUGGCGGGUUCGCUCGUUUCGUUCGAGUGUACCAAAAUGGCCCUUUUCAUUGGAUGAAAUUGUUGUCCCCUGUACAACUCUUCUGUAUCCUGCUCACAAGUACAAUAAACUAAACGCGCGGUGGCUUAGGUCGGGUCUUUGCAAUCGGAAUGUACCGAUAAUAACAAAAAUAAUAAUUUUAAUCUUUAAUGAGGGAGCCAGCUUCACUGACUAAGUUGUUUGCAGUGGGGUCCACUUAUAAGGCUAAACUAUUAAGCUAAAAAAAUAAUAAGUUAUUAGUAUGCAUAAUCAAAUGGUGACGAGUGAAAUUAGGCCGAUAGUUUCACGCGCGUUUUGUCCAAGUCCUUAUAAUUUAGGAUUUGGACAAAACGCAAGUGAAAUUAUUCCAUAAUUUCACGAGUAUACCAUUUGAUUACCUAUUAAUAUCCUGGAUGACGAAUUACGUUAGCAAUCUUCGAUUUUUGACAUGUUUAUCCUGGAUCGCGUCGAUCGAGAACUCCCCUCUCUCGAACGUUUAGAGCUCAAAUUUGGCUUAAGUUCAGAAUUUUUCGACAAAAUACCUGUUAGAAUCCUUCUUCAUGUGCUCCUCCGUAUGUUCAGGGUUUCUAAAGCGUCUUUUAAUGCCCCGGCAUCUUCAUUCAUGACAUUUUAAAACUUCGCCGCCAUCUUGACACUGAGACGGACGGAAGGUUGCCAUGGCAAUUUUGUAAUUUCGCAUGUGAAAAUGCAAAUUAUCGCUGAAAUUUCGCGCCAAAAUUAAGAACUAAUUCGUCACCUACGAUAUUAAUAUAAAUAUUAGCGCGUUAAAGGAUAUAUAUAUUACAACAUAAAAAAAAAAACACUGUAACACAGGAUAAAAGUAUGAGUACAAUGUAAAAUGUUCUACAGUAUGAAUCAAAAUUUAACUUUAGGUAAGCCUCGCUUAAACGCUGCUAAGGCGGGCGUUUGCCUUAAAGAAAGGUCCAAAGCGUUAGAAUUAUCUCCAGCAAAGUUUAAUUAAGUUCCAUUGGGGACGAGGAAUUUCUGAUUUUUUUUUUCUAUCCAGAAAUCAAUUCCGUUACUUAGUAGAUAGUUAUCUAUCCGGUGGCCAGCGUUACGGUUCUGUUUAUGAUCUAAAAGACGCCCUCUUUCAAAUAAAUGCCCCUUGUCUAACUAGUAAUAGUUGACACUGAAGCUGCCCCCGCUCUGUACGUUGUCGGUCAAUUGUAUCCUUGGUCACGUUUUUGUAGCUCUUUGAAAUGUACCGAUUCAGAUCAAAGAUUUUCACACAUACUACAUACAAUGGGUGAGAUAUUAAAAAUUAGGAAACGCAAGAUUUCAUGCACUGAUUCAGGUCGAUUUACGCAACUUUAAGCAUAAGACUCUCGGCGUUUCGAGAAUUUUUUCGCUCUCGCGUUCUAGUCAUUUUUUUAUAUACUAAAACGGCAUUAAAAGCAAUUCUUUGCUUUAUAGAGGGACAUCUGUGAAAAUGGAAUAUACAUCAGCACAGAAUUUUUAAACAGCAUUUAAUUGUUGGCGAAUUUUCGUAAUCGUGUACCUUACGAGCAGAGUUUACAUUUUCGCGGUGCCAGCUGCCGUGCGAAAAGGACCACUACGCACUUUACUCACAUUACGAUAAUGUAGCCUCUACUCGAAGGGUAUAGUAAUCUUCCAUCCUUCUGCUGAUAAGCUAGCUUGAUCCACUCGUUCGCUUAUGAAAACUUGCUUGCUUUUAGUUUUUAUUUGACGCCCCUUUCUUAUAAACUCCCCUCGUCUGAUAGGUAUCCCGCAUGCCAGUUCUAAAUACUAAAGACUAAAAAAAAAAAAAACAAAGUGGAGCGAAAUCAUUCAAGAUUUAUUUAGUUUCUCGCUUGAUCAUCAAGUGUUUGCAUAUCGCAUCUUAUUCAAUGUCAAGUUUGAAGUACGGGUUCUGACAUCGAAGUUGUGAUGAUGGACUGGAUAGUCCUCGUUUUGUAAACUGUGGGUUAAAUAUAUUCAAAGCAUCAGAAUCCCCUCACUUUUGCACGCCUCCUGUUUUGGACUCCUGAAAUAAAAUAUAAGAAACACCUUUAAAACACCUGCGGUCUUGCAAGGAAAGGAGGUACUCUUCACGAGUCCUUAGCUUCGAGAAAAACUGCGUUAUAGACUACUAAUCGGAGGCCGGCAGAGGUCUGCUAGCCUGGGACAGGUUCCACAGUGGGGGAAAAAAGGCAAAAAACGGGAUCAAAUCCAGGCUAGAGGUCUGCUGUCUUUCCUCUCCUUCUUCCUUUUGCCCGUGAGAGACCUCUGUCAGCGUGGGUAGGAGACUAACGAAGAAACUUUCAGCUUAAAACUGUGGGCAAUUUGCUUUUUUCAUCUCCUUUAUUGUUUCAUAGAAGCUGCUUCUUUUUUUCUGUAGGUUGUUAAAGGUCGUGUAAAGUCUGUAAUGCCCAGACUGUCUUCUGACGCACCUCACCUCGAGCCGACCCCGAACCACGACUGUCAUAUAUGUAGAAAUACGACCAGCUCCUCCGUUACGGACUUCACUACUCUCUUAAGGAAUACUCAGGUACUUGUAGGGAAUGACUAAUACAUCAACUUCUGCCGCAUUAAUGGGCUUAAGUUUAGAAAACCCGGUCAACCACGAUCAAUUAAGUGGUCACCUCGUUAAUUCCCGAGGGUGACCGCCUAACAGAGGUGUGGGGGACUGUAGACCUUGGAAAUGGCUUUAUAGUGGCGCGCAACUUGUUUUUCUCUUUAACUUGCGCACGAUCUUCCAGGAAACUUCACCGGAAAUGGACGUCAAAAACUGUCAGUAUUAUUGUAAAAAACAAAUUUUCCAUGGUCUGUACUGGAACUGGUAAGUGGUUCCACCACAAAUUGAUGGAAAAUGUAAGCGCUGUAAUGAUUGUUUUACCCAGUUUAGGGGUCAGUUUAUAGUAGGCCACGUGAAUCAAUUAGGAAUUCAUGAUUUGCUUGAUUUCACUAAUUCAUCCCUGAUUCGUUUUUACCCAGUUUAGGGGUCAGUUUAGCGUACGCCACGUGAAUCAAUUAGGAAUUCAUGAUUUGCUUGAUUUCACUAAUUUACACCUGAUUCGUUAACUUACCUAUUUUCUUCAAAUAAAUACUAACUCGUUCGCAGAUAGCCUGCGAGGUACGAAAAAAGAAUCAGUUCACGCGUAAUCGGUUUUGCUUUGUUCCUUUACAAAUAAGUUAGCUUCAAAUAGAUAUAAAUAAAUGAAUUCGUACGGUGAAGAGCGAACCAGUUAAUGUGAAACUUGUUUUUGUUUGGUUUCUUCCUUUGUCAGUGAGUUGCCUUCAGUUUACCCUAAAUUGACCUUACUGGUUAGCAACGGUGGCAUAGACUGUUAAACAUGGCAACGACCAUUUAGGAAAGGGAAACAGGAUUCGCCUACAUGUGACAAAUUGACACGCAAGCAAAACAACACUGAACUUUGCACGUGCAGCAUGCUUUCUUGUACAUUUCUUUGCCAUCGUUGGCCCCAAUAGGACGUGAAAAUACCAAAUUUUACGCUUUGUGGAGGACGGGCAACACAAGACAGUCAGGACAGUGACAUUCUUCUUUUCCUGUACUUCGAUAUAGUCCUUUAGAAUUCAAAUCCAAGCAAAUUCCAUAAAAUUCACCAACAGUUCGUGAACUGAACGAGAUGGAAUAAGCGCGAUAAAGUUUGAAGCAGCGUGAAUUCACUUUUUAAGCGAUGUUUUCAUAGCCGUCGCUGUCGUUGUUAAACUCCCUAAUGUAAACGUGACGCUUUUUUCAAAACGUGAUGACAGCCGUGAAAAACGUGCAUAACAGAAUGACAGAGAAAUAACAAAUCGAUGACAGCUUACUAUGGUCUAUUAACUUUGACCGCAGAAAUGACGUCAAAAUGUUUUUUUCAACAUGGACGCCAUCAGGAAAUUGAGUAAUUGACAUUUUCAGUGGGCAAAAACCUUGUACCAGAAUAAUUUAAAGAAUAUUGCAUUCUUAGUUUACAUUUUUCAAGGGCUAAAGAUGUAAUAAAUUAUCUGUAGUACCACCAAAACAAAAUAAAUUUCUCAUGGAAGUCCGAGAAAAUAAAUGUCAAAUUUCACAAGAAUUGUGCUUACAUAGGUAAAAUUUUGAAAAUUUCAUGUGUAAGAUGUAACUUUGUGAAAUUUGGCAUUCAUUUUUCGGGCUCCCAUAAGAAAUUUUUUUUUGGUGUUACUACAAAUGAUUUAUUACAUCUUUAGACCUUAAAAAAUGUAAGAAAGAAUGCAAUAUGCUUUAAAUUAUUCUUGCACAAAAUUUUUGUCCACUGAAAAUCAAAAUUACUCAGUGUUCUGAUGACCGGGUGUGCUCCGCGUACCUAACAUCAAAGUUCGUAAAAAGAUCAGCCGUCUCGACAAGGACAAGCAGGAACUCUGAAAUGUUCAGCAAUCCACACCACUUUUCCGCACUGCUAGUGGCCAACGGUCCUUGGAAAAUAGAGCGACGUCAUUAUGGAAUGAUUUUCAACCAGCACUCAAGCUUAGCAAAUUAGUGACUAGUAAAAGCGUCAACUUAGGCGACUUCUUCUGGACGUCUCCCUCAGUGGUUAGUUAAUUAUUUCAAUUCUCUGUUGACAUCGUCCUAAAAAAAAGCAACAAAAAAAACUCUACAUCUGAACUUUUGCAACGUCAUCGUUGUUCCUUUUCUUAUUCUUUUUCCUGAUUGUUCGCUUACUCGCAAAGACCACGUGAAAUCUAGUAAUCUUUAAACCUGUAGAAGUUAAUCUGAAGUCUCUCUGUCAUUGACCGUUAGUAGCUCUUAAUUUUCCUCACUGCCAGUGUGGUUGGUUGAUAUGACAGUAAUAAAGCGGUCUAUUUUUUUCAGUUUGCGACGAAAAGGAAGAGUGACUGUAAACAUUGCGUGAAUAUUAAAAAGAUUAUUGAAUUAAAGGCUGCAACGUUUAGAAGUCUCACCUGUAUACUCUUCCACGCGGGUUGUAACUUUCAUCAUCACUAUUUUCUUCGGGUCCUCGUCGAGUCUUGUCUUGAUCGUCGCGAUGGCGUCUGGUCACUCUUUUACGUUUUCUCGGGUUCCUUUUUGACGUUCUUGCCGCUGAAUUAUUGGUUCUUCUUUCCUGCAUUAUACAGCCGAAAGCGAAAAUAAAGAUAAAAACCAUAAAGGCCAACCAUAAAUCGACCGAAAACAUUUCCUCAGCUUCCUUGUUUUCGAUGAAAUGGAGCUCAGUCACUUAUCAGCUCAUAAAGAAACUUUGGCUAGGCUGGCAUCAGCGGCGUAGACAAGAAAAGCCAACUCAUUUGUCAUAAGUAAGGCAGCUAAUGUGGGUGGUUCUCGGGAGCCUUUGGCGUGGCCCGUUAUGACGGUAUGCAUGUUGUUACUGUUAACAACCACCAUUGACGUAAACGACCCUUCAUCUUAAAUCCGCUACAAAAGUUUUUUUUUAAGACGACGUGGUAAACUAUUUAAUCAUUAGAUGAAAUUAGUAAUUGGUUGUUUCUUUUUACAUUUUUAAAGUGAAUUUUUACACUCAGAUGCUGUUUAGUUAUGUGCCGACGAUAUUUUGUCUGAGGAUAGAGUACCGAGGUGAUGACGUUAUAAAAAUGAAAUUUGUGGAAUUAUGGGAUUUGUUAAGACAUUCUGAAAGAACAACGUCCAAGACGCCUAAUUGCCAAAAAUUAGCAAUUCGGGGCAAAUUGUCUCUAAGAUAUAAGCCCAGUUAUGUUGUCACGAUUCCAUACAAAUCCUUCUAAAUUUGGCUUGGUUCAAAAGAUUAGGAACCAGGUAAGAUUUAGAAGGAUUUGUAUGGAGUCAUCAGGGCAUAACUGGGCUAAUAUCUCAGAGAAAAUCUGCCCCAAAUUGCUAAUUUUUGGCGAGUAGGCGUCUUGGACGUUGUUCUUUCAGAAUAUCUUAACAAAUCCCAUAAUUUCACAAAUUUCAUUUUCUAUGACGUCACACUUCGGUACUCUGUUUGUAACCUUUUUUCACAACUGAGUUGAUCUUUGGCGGUUUUUUAGAGGAAUGAAAUAACCAUGUUUUAACAGUCAAAACAAUACAGAUUAUAAACGCACGUAGAAUAGUCGGAAGGAAUAAAUGGUCACUCUUUUAAUACAAGAAGAUUCAUAGCGCUUUCUCUGUGCGCUUUUUGUCCUUUAAUAGCCAGAGCAGUGCAAAAAAGAUUUCAACACGCUCGUCUUUAAGAAACAGCUCUGUGUUGCAUGCAUGUUACUCUUCGUGGAAGUCAAGUAGCUAAUAUCGGGUAAAAAGUCACGAAUGAAGUCAAAAUAAUAUUGACCGUUGAAUUUUCCUUAUGACGAUCAUCUUUUUAAUUUAGUUUCUGUCGAUUAGCGCCUUUGUAAGAGCUUCUAAUUGUGUUUGAGGCUAGCCAUUUUAAAAUUUCUGGUUUGCUUGUUCCUGAUGCGUAAACAAGAGGUGCUGAACAUGCUUUUAUCCAACAUCCACACUGUCUUUAAUAAUUCAAAGCAACGAAUAGCUAAGGCAGUGUGGAGUUCAGCUGUACUGCGGCCGUGGAUAAAAGCAACAUUGUAGUGCUUACAUUACAUUCCCCAUCUAAACGACGAUGUGAAAAAUAAAACGCUACAGGUGAUCUCCGCGAAUAAAUUAUCAUUUCUUCAUCAGUCUAAUUCCAGUAAUACAGUUAUCUUUUAUGCGAGGCACUUGUUAUUGCAUUAUGGAUUCGUUGUAGUGAAGAAGUUAAAUUUUCUGAAAUACUAUUUUGCAGCUUAGUCCUUCUGAUAAAAUUCCUGGGUGAUGUCAUCCUUUGGUCUAGUCAGCCAUCAUUCGUAAACAACUACGUGAUGGCUAUAAAUCUACCUUCACAUGAUCCUAGAAGAAUAAAAUGCGGUAUAACUUUAUAUUUGUCAACAGUAAUGCUUCGUUAUGAAAAACAAGUUCGGAUGUAAUCAUCUUUCUUUUUCUUGUUAUUUUAAGUCUUAAAAUUGCCGGAGAAAUCGUGCAAAGAUGAACCUCGUGGGUGUCAACAGAUCUCAGUGUUAUUAACUGUUAUUAAUUUAUUAUUUAUAAAGGGAACGGUAUCAAUUAUCAUUGAUAACUUCAAGAAAUGGAAAAUUAACGGCAGCAACAUUACGAAGUCUCACCGGAAUAUUGUGCCACGAGGAUUAUAAGGUUCCUGCCGGCUGGUCGUCAUUUUCGUCAGGUCCUCGUCGAGUCCUGUGCUGAUGCGGGUCUUGGCAGGGCCUCUGUCGUGUCGCUCUUUUUCACCCCUUCCUCUUCUUUUUUGUGUUCUUUGCUGUUGAGGUAUUGUUUCUUCUUCUCAGCAACAAGAAGACCAAAGGAAAAAUGAAGAUUAAGGCCAAGAUGACGAACUGUACAUCAGAAAACGCUAUUCAGUACCGUUAUUUUGUUCUUGAGUUUCGCAAACUGAUUCACUUAUAAUAACUGUUCCUUAUCAUACAGGAAUUUCCGACCUAUGUUUAACCACAAUGCAGUCAACUGUAUUUGCCAUGCAGACUGGAAUUACGAAUAUGAACAACCAAUCCCGGACCAAUACUGAAGCCACAAAUACCUUACUCCGAUCACGCAAUAUCUAGGAUUUUUAUUCUUUAGUCUAGCCCAAAGUAAAAAUUGAGAUAGAGAUGGAGAAUGAUAAUUCUGCCUUUCAAUGACUGGCAUAUGUGCGGCCAGUAUAUUGUUUUCUCUAUCUACAACCCUGGUCAAAACUCUUGGGACACUAACGCAAUAGCUUGUCAAAUUGAGGCAUCUUCCCUCCCCCCUUCCCCCUCGGUGCCAUGUUGGCGUUAUGCAUUCAAGUUUUAAUUCAACACAAUCAACACUGCUUGGGGGAGAGGGGGAGAGCAGAAAUAGCCCCUUAUAACAACAUCUCCAAGCCUUUUUAAGAGGUAGAAUACGAGUUAAUUUAGCAAAGUGCGUCUUUGUGCCUAAUUUCCUCAAGCGUCCCAAGACGUUUUGACCAGGGUUGUAGGUCUCGAUUGACAAGUCCGGCUGCAUGUAGACUAGAAGUGCAUUGGUUUUUGAAACAAAAGAUUCCUUUGUUUCACUCGUUACAAAUUUAACUAACAAAAACAAUGUUUGCAUGCAGUGAAGUCUCCCUACGCGUACUGCAUUGUAGCAGUCCAAAAAAGAUCAAGAGUUAUACGGCUUUAGCAAAAAAGCUGUCCGUUGGAUUAAGUUACUGUAAGGCAAUGAAUGGUGUUAAAAGGAGUUGAAUGUACGUUAAAAAUUAUGGAAAGGGCUAGGGUCACCUGUUAUUGAUGUAUUAGUUAAGAAAGGCAGUUUGCUAGUUUAUGUACGUAAAUUUUUUGGAAUUUUGGCGAGUCGGUAUGGUAGUGUAGUGAUUAGGGAGAGAGAUUAGGAUAACCAAGUGUCCGGGUUCGGCAGUACAGAAAUUGUGUAAGUGUCUUUCAGCGAUCGUUUACGAAAAUUUCUUUAGGACUGUAUCGUCUUCGUAAAGCGUCGAAGUCGUCCAGUAGACGUGCUGACCUGUUAUUUCACUCAUAAAUAGUUUUCGUUUUUUCUCUCGUUGCAGUCGUUAUCCUCGGUACCAGCUGAUGUUCCGGGCGAGCGUGCAGCGGCAUGCUUUGGGGUGUUGACCGAAGGCUGAAAUAGUUAUUGGCAAAAACGGUCGUGGUGGAUGCUUAAGGUCCCUUAUGAAAAAAAAUUAUUUACUCGUAGCAUUUCAUUUCAUAACGUGUUUGUUCUCUAACUUACUGAUACCAUCACCCCGGCGCUACAUCUAGUGCGCUCACCCGUAACAAGCAUCUUGAUCGUGACAAACGUCUACACACAGACACUUUCAUGAUGCUCAGUCAGUUGAACCGAAGCUAAAGAUGCUUGAAUUCGUACAGUGCCCAUCUCUUCAAUUCAGAUGCCUUAAUUAUUAAAACAGACAUGUAACGCUGUCAAGUAGAUUUGACUAUAGGACCCCAUGUUUCAGGCUUAAGAACAGUUCCUCAGUUCGCGACCAUCCUGAAGACUCCAUAUAGAACGGACAUUUAAUUAGAAGGCACUUACCAAACGUCAGUCAUACAAUCUCUCUUCUAUAAUAUAAACAUUUCUGCAAAGCGAACACUUAGCUGUGCACCUUUGGUGUAUGAUUACCAGCAAUCUUUGCCUUUUUGUCGGUCACCUAUUUUGAAAUGUUUCCUUGCAGUAUUAUCUCUAUGAAUACAACGAUGAGGGUCUUCCAUCUUUGCGGCCGCGCCACUGUCUUCCCUUUGCGGUCAUACACUUAAAGAGAAACGAGUUAUCAAGCCCGCAUAGUCCAAAAUUGAGAUCGCUCAUGUCUGUAGAGAAACCAGUUAGCCCAGGGAAGGAACAUCCAAAACACACGGAGGUACAGUUGUAACGAACCUAGUUGUUUUUAGAGGCGAGGUGUGGUAUUGUCACCUUGGUUAUAUAAUGUCUACACAAUGCCGGAUAACUCUUCGUGCCGACAUGAAAGGAUGGAGGGAUUUUCGUAUGACCUUGACAUGAAAACGCGUAAACAAAACAGAAAAACACAAACGAACGAAAAAAGAGCGAUUUGAAUGGUUUAUCGAACGGAUACAAACGCGCGUGGCUUUUGGUUGGUUAAGCGAACGCUCAGACGAGAAAAAUCUUCAUGCCCGAAGAACUUUCUAGAAAUCAAUCGAUACUUCGCUUUGACGUCAUACCGCAACACGAUUGGCCAAUUAAUCAAUGCCUCCUCCUUAUUACGAUUUUCUCUGACGGGAAAGUGAAGAGGCUAUUUUUUUAUCUUUUCAUCUAUGGGCUGAUAAAACAAAUAACGAACACCUACCGAAACCAUAAUCAAGGUCAUACGAAAAUCUCUCCAUCAGGUGAAGUAUGAACGGAAACUGCACAAAACUGAAACAAGUUGUUCACACACUUCAAACAUCGUAUACCGGAGCGGUUGGCUGACAGCUUUGUGCACUAAAUCCCAAUGCUCACUUUUGAAUAUUUAAAUCCGUCUCUGUGGGUACCAGUUCUCCCUCUUAAUCAUUUAUUUCCGCAAUUGUCCAAAAAUAGUGAUUAGGGUUUGCACUCCAAACGGUUAGCUUCUAUUAAAAACUUGAAGAGACUUACCUUUUUAUGAACGUGAAUCAUCAUCUCGACGAUGAGUGGCAGAAACCUAUCCGAUAUGUGACGAUCCACUUUCAUGGUCAGCGCGGCGCAGCUACACUCCGUUAUAGAAGUCGCGCCGAAAUGACCGUUCUUAGGUGUAAACAGGAACCCUAUCCGGUAUGGUUUUAGUGUCGUCUCAAGUGAAACAAUGAUUGUAAAAAGCAGGUGUUUUAUCUAAUGCACUUUUUAAUCCUAACAGGAAUGCAAGUCUAUGACAUUUAGCGAUGAAGCCGGUAUUCUGGCCUGGAGGGGAUUGGUGAUGAGUGGCGAUAAGAGCCUGGGUCGGGUGUCUCUUUUGGCGGGGCAUAAGCUGGGAUUCAACUUUAUGUGAGCAAUUUUUAUGGCCUUCUAGCCGAGAGAUGGUAUUAGGGUAUUAGGAACAGUUCAUUUCAAAAAAAUUGAAAAAGUAUUAUCCAGCAAAGAUAUUUUACCUGUAAUAGUAAAGUGCGUCGCCUAUAUUUUUGCCUCCGAUGCGUCGGUGACAUAUUUCCUUUAUUGCCAUAUGUAUAAAGUGUGGAGCAAGCUGUCUCAGUUUAUCGUGAGAUAUGUAAUACAAUUUCCGUUGUACGUUUUUGCUUCCUAACUUUCAAGUCAAAUUGUAUAGUCGACUCUCUCUUAACUGACACCUCGGUAAAACGGACACCUAAACUAAGUUGGUCCCUGCCUUAUUUACACACUUAGUGCCGGUCCUAAAGGUCUCCGUCUUAAGAGCGUUGAAUGAAUUUUAAUUGAUUUUUUUUUUUCACUGGCUUGAAAAAGUAUUUCCAGGCCAAAGGUAUCCAGCUAGGUUUUGAAAGCAUACCAAUCACUGCACUGAAGCACACGUACAAGGGCGAAACAGCUGUCCAUGGCUGCCACUGCCCGGGUGAUAUGGUUGUGCGCAUGCGUAAGGUACUGGCCAUACCGCGGAGUUGGUACGUGUGCUUCAGUGCAGUAAUUGGUAUUGUUUCGAAAGCAUAACCUUCACGUUAUACUAAUAACCAUCCCUGUACUUUAAAACCUUCGCCUUCUUUUGUGCUUACCUGUCAAAACGUUUAUAGCCUGGCCCUCUUGUUUCAGGAAAUCCUAUUUAGAUGUGUCAAGAAAAAUCCCCCUCACACAGCUUGCAAAAAUUUUACCCGGAGACAUUAUGUGCGCCUGGAACUUUCCUUGUAAGUCUUUGGCUGGUUUUGCUUUUCUCUUAGAAAAUAUUAAGCGGUUUUGAUUUUUAGACAAUACAAGUUAUAACUAUUGCAAUUACUGUAGGUACCUUACCAGGGGUGUACGAGAACGACAUGCAAUCGAAAGUCGUGUGCUUGAGUCAGAGAUGUCAACUCAUGUGAUGAGACCACCAACCAUAGCAGCGCCAUAGCUCGCAUAGUUGUACUGCUAUGUUGUUCGCUACACGCAUAAUUAACCCGUUACCUAGGUUACCUUUCACUCCGCGUCUCUUGUUGUUUCUCUGUCAGUUUUAGUUGACUGUCUAGCGUUGUGUAAUAAACGUGUUUGUUCGGAGUUCCGACUCAACUUACUGGCACAGCGAAAACAGCAACAGGAAAGAGUGAGAACUGGUUAGACAUUUUCUUACAUUUGAACGAACGUAGCAGGCAUUUAUUUCACCACUAGGUCUAGUAAGUGGUACAAUUUAGAGACGUCAAUUAACGUUAUCUAGCUUGUUAAUCUCGCGGGGACAAAGUGGUGUUGGUUGAGCUACGAAAAUUUAAAUACCGUAUGCUGUAUGACUUUCCUUUCCACAGUAAUAUUCAGAGGCCACACGUUGAGUCUUUGCACAAUGAAACCGGCCCAGGGACAAACCUCUGAAUCCUUUACAAGCUUCACCAGAGGCCUCGUUCGUAAAGCUAAAUCUGUAAGUUCUAAAUUAAGAAGAAAAUUUCAAGAAGUAGCUUUCACAAAGCACAAAAGCACCUUUGAUAGUUUAUUUUUGUGUUGAAAUUAUUUGUUACCAAGUGUCGUUAUCAGCGCUUAGAUUAACGCGCAUUAUCUUUUUACAGGCUGGUGUACUAUGUAUCGACCCCUGUACUACAAUGUUUCUUGUUCCAUCCUGCAAGCUGGCUGUUUAUCUUGGUGAGUGUAUUCUCUGUGAGGGUAGCCUUAUCUUUUCUUUAAGAAAUCAUAUACGAAACAGUAAAAGAAAGAAAACUAUGCAAGAAUGAAGACCAGUUUCCGCGACGUGAGAGUCGAAAAAACUCAUAAUGAACGCAUAACAAAACAAUAGCAGCAACUAGUGAUAGGAAUCAUGAGCACUUAUCCGUUAGGAUCUCCUCUCCCUGUGGCGUCAACAGUCGAGAAUUAACAUUCGUGGAACACCUUAUCAAAAACUGAAACUACUUUACGAUGGUCUAUCCGAGUAAAAGUGAAUCUUUGUUGAUGAGUUUAUCAGCUUGCAACGAAUGCAUUUUCAUGUCCUGUUGCUAUUAAAUAGUUUAUCCCUUUUCAGAGCAAGUUGUCCUAGUGUGUGUUACAUUUUACCUUUUCUUGAAUACACGUAUUGAAUGUCAUUUUCAGGAUUUUGUGAAACUGAGAGUCCUCCUAGGGUGUUCUGCAUCAUCUGUCGUCGUCAAACUACUGCGCUGUCACCAAGAUCCGUGUGGCCGCUUACUAGUCCUUUCAGCCCACCUUUCAACAACCGCGCAGCCUACCAUUCAAACACUGGCACGAGUGCGGGUUACGAAUCAACAGUCAUCGAGCCAUCCUUGUUAGAUUUGAAAACCAAGCAUAAGGCAAAGAUUGUUGUGUCGCCAACAGAGAAAUCCCAACGACUGAGUCCCAAACGCCCAAGUCCACGUCAAGGUGUAAAACGGUCGCUGUCCUUCUCUGACAGUUCUCCAAAAGAUGCAACGAAGCCUUUACAGAGAACUGCUAGGAGUGCGAGCUCGCCCGAAAGACUCCGUUUACAAGAUGACUCAGCGAGGCCUAGGAUCCAGUCUGAUAUUUCUCGUGACAGCGAGGUGCGCAAAAGCAAUUUCAUAGCUAGUGAUUCGCAGGUGAUAGGAUGUGGUCUACGUGAGGUAAAAAGCUUAAACCCGGACUACGUGGAAGAUGGUAAAAAUUCUCUAGAAGUAUCGACUUCAGAACUUGAGGAAGGGUUCAAAACAGCUGCGGAUACUCAAGAAACGUUAUCACCAGAGCUAACGCGUUUGGUUACGUUAGGAAAACAAAAGGACACCGCAAAUUGCAGUCACUCUGAUUCCAAAUCAGAGCAACCUCUUGUGAAAGAUACAAAUGCUAAUACUUCACCCAAUGUCCUGUCCGUUUCCUUUGGUUCGAUGUGUAGUAGGGAACGUCAUCAAACAGGAGAAUUGUUGGAAACGACAUCAAUUGUUGCAGAUGAGUGUCCAAACGAUCCCUGCUUGUCUAAUGAAACUGGCUCACGCACCUUAACGAAUACCGCAUCACCACCCGAUAUUUCUCAGCUCGAUGCCAUUUGGGACUUGCAAGACAAUUUACAAACAGUUGAUAUGGAAAUCUCAGAGUCGUUGCCCAGUUCAAUUACUGUAGGCCAAGCCUACUCUUUCUCCACUCUACACGCCUUCAGUGGAGUGUCGACAGCAGAAGCUUCGCUUGAGAAGGUCGUGCGCGGUAAGACAAUUCUUCCGAGGUCGUCGACUACAGAAUCUGUCCAAAACAUGCCUGUUGCAGCGACUGCAACGCGACUGCUUUGUGAAGCUGCUGGAGAUUCUACCACGAAGCCAACCAAUCAGAACAAUUUUAUUGCACAUACAGUCUCGCCCGCUAACGAUCAACUGGUUGUACUGUGCGAUACAAAGUCUCCUGACACUGAUAGUACUAACCAUGGUGAUGGCGUCGAGCUUAGCCGUGAACCUGAAUCACAUGAUAUUGUUAUGUGUGUCGAUAUGUCCAUAUCAACAGACGACGAAUCGGAAGUGUUUGAUAAAAACGAUGGAUCGGAAACGUUAGAUAGAAACUUGAUUUGUGAGAAUCACAAUGGGCAGAGUGCAAUGUUAACAAACUCUCAGCUACUUCAAAAUUCCAGUAAGAAGAAUUCGGAUUGGUCGAAAUCUCUGAGCAUUGAUGAGGGUGCGCGCUCUCGCGAACAAAGCGUUACUUCAAUGUACAAAGGAGCUGAAGCGGGCGGAAGCGACUCGGAGAUGUCUUUGGACUGUGCUGAAGGCAAUUCUCUAAGUUUUGAUCGACCCUAUUCAUUCAAAAGCUCACCGGAUACUGUCGAAAAGCAGUCCAAACCAAGAAACUCUGUAUUAUCAGGAUCGGCAGCGAACAUCCUGAUACAAGAAAAUUGUUCUUUAGAUGAGAACACCAGCCUCUCUACAUCCUGUGCACAGUCCUGUAGCAAAGUUUUGGAGUCUUCUUUGUCACCUCGAAAGUUGCCUAAGUUGUGCAUAGAACGGUUGAAAGCACUUCAAGGCGCUUUGAAAACGGCAACAGGUCUAAACGCGAACCAGCCUGACAAAAAUACGUGUUCGCCGUGCAAGUUAGUCAUUCAUCCGCAAAAUACAAAAGAACCAGAACCAGAUAAAGAUUGUGUGGAACGUUUUGAUAGUAUGGGAGUUUCCGUAACGGAACACGGAAGUGAAGGCACAAAACCGCCGAUGUUUGGCCUUUCUGCUGUUGAAACCCAAGAUUCUGUUACACCUACAAAGUCACAACCCUGCGAGGGAGGGGUAAUAGAAAUGUCACUCAUAGAGGACUGGGGCUUCGUACCAGGCUCUUCUAGUUGUAAUGAAACACACCUCACAGAUGAGGCAUUCGGCUUUUUGGACAUGGAGGAAGAAGAAUAUGAAAUAGAUUCAAUCGAAGGAGAUCCAGUUGUUGAGCCAUUUGAAACUGGGCCUUAUAUUGAUGAAUGUGAUAUACCAGAGCCAGAAGUUGUGGUGUGUUCUCCAUCAGAACCGAUGGAGACAUUCACGUUUAGAUUUCCGGGAAUACCUGUUGUUGAUGAAGACGAGAACGGUAUCAGCGAAACAACUGAGGACAAAACGCAUCUUGUCGAGGAGAGCUUAGUGGUACCAGAGUUCUGUACGGAAGUAGUCGUUUCAUCAUUGGAAAAUUUCGUGUCCGAAGUGGACUUACCUGAAGAAUCCAGAUUAGAAAACGAGUCAGAAAUUCCUGAAUCUGUUGUUGUUGUUGAAGGGGAUAAAGUUGAUGGUAUAGUGUGUGUUUCGCACUCUUCUCAAAACUUAGCUAACGGAUGUUUAAGUAAGCUGCCAAAGAAAGAUGUCUUUUUUAGCGGGGACGUGAAGGAACUGGAGAACACAGGUUCGAAGCAACAAUGCUCCGAACGGUUGGAGGAAUGUGAAAAAGUGUGCUUAGGUCCUUUGUUCAAGAGAGAUGAGCAGCAGAUAGUAGAAGUAGCAAAGGCGGAAAGGCCAGUUGGUCAGCCUGUUAUUUUGAAGGGGUCUCAGAUGAUGGAAUCUACGAAAGAUAGGGACGUGCCUAUUCAUCUGAAUUUAGACAGAGAGCCAUGUGAAAUUACCACACAAAAGCGACCAGCUGCGACUCUCGAGGACGUGCUACAAGUUCAAAUGGAUGAUGUCAUCGUCGGCGGUUCAGAGGUAGAAUUACCUGCGCGUGAAAGAAAGGGAGGGUGCUAUGAAGUUUCUUUACCGAACGUCCAAGAAACAGAAAAAGGUAGUGGUUGUGAUGGAUUGUUAUCGGAAAUACAAGUGAAGCGAAACGGCACUGACGACGAGAGAGAAGGAGCAGUUACCUCAGAGGAAAAGGAGGAGGUGGAUAACAGAUGUUCUGUUAUGACAUUACCAGAAACGCGUUAUCCUGGUUAUAGAAUUGAAGAAGACAAACAAGAUUGCUUAGUUAAGGAAAAAGAGAUUACAAGCCGUGACAUAGCGAUAGGUGAUGAGUCAGAAGCAAUGCAUUUGUCAACUUCUUCACCCCGUUUGUUACAAGCGGAGACGAAUUUGACACAUAAUAAAACCGUUAAAGGAAAAUCGGAAAGAUUGAAAAAUACCGAGAAACUGCUCGGGAAAGCAGAAGAGGAAGGGAGAGACAUCAAUCAUGAAACGGAGUCAAGAAAUGAAACGGAAAAAGAAAGCUGUCCAGAUAACUUGUCAUCAAAAGAGAGGGAGGAGGAGAUAAAAUUUACAAGCUCGUCACAAAACCUGGUGGAGAAGACAAAAUGCUCAUACGUCUUUUUAAACUGUCAUAUAGUUGAAAACUCUGAAGAACUGGAACCUGUUAAGGAUAUGACGAAGUCUCCAGUACAGUCAAUGAGAAAAAGUAACUUCGGAAAUGUUGAGUCAAAAAGUAUUUCCUCCGCCACAAUCACUCAGGGGACUGUCAAGUCACUUGAUCGAAGUGGAACGACUGGAAUGGGAAAUAACGAAACAAAUGAAACAUUUUUGAGGGAACAUUUAAAACAGGAACCACUCGAAUCAACAGGAAAGAAUCUAAUGUGGUCAAAACCUAAAAAUAAAACCAGGAAAAAAGAACGAAAGGUUAAUAACUCUUUUUCAGUAGUGCCCUCUCCUAGAGAGUCCAAAGUGGAAACUGCGAAGGAUGACAUAAGCUCCAGUAAGCUGGCUGAAAAAACUUCAAAAACGGAAGAGGUUAAGAAACCCAGUGAACGCACAAUGAAAAGUGCAGUCGUUUCUGACACAGUCGAUGCAAAUGUAAAAUGCAAGGACACUGAGAAGGGCGAUAAGUUGUGUACCAAUAUCGUUAAGUCAUCUGGAACGCCCUCUGUUAUUUCACCGCCGCCUUCUUCAAAUAGAAAGUCCGGUGCUCAAGCCUCGCAAGUUAAAAGUAAAGUUUGUCACCAAGGCGUUCAUUGUCAGGACGCUCAAAACAAGAUUGAACCCAAAAGUGCAGUCGUUUCUGACAAAGUCGAGGCAAAUGUAAAAUGCAAGGAGACUGAGAAGGGCGAUAAGUUGGGUACGAAUAUCGUUAAGUCAGCAGGAACGCCCUCUGUUAUUUUACCGCCACCGUCUUCAAAUAGAAAGUCCGAUGCUCAGGCCUCGCAAGUUAAAAGUAAAGUUUGUCACCAAGGCGUUCAUUAUCAGGACACUCAAAACAAGAUUGAACCCAAAAGUGCAGUCGUUUCUGACAAAGUCGAGGCAAAUGUAAAAUGCAAGGAGACUGAGAAGGGCGAUAAGUUGGGUACGAAUAUCGUUAAGUCAGCAGGAGCGCCCUCUGUUAUUUCACCGCCGCCGUCUUCAAAUAGAAAGUCCGAUGCUCAAGCCUCGCAAGUUAAAAGUAAAGUUUGUCACCAAGGCGUUUAUUAUCAGGACACUCAAAACAAGAGUGAACCUUUGAUAGCCAUGCAGUGGGAUAACAUAAUACGAAGUAUGAAACGAAAGUGUACAGAGAAGGGAUACAUCUUGGCAAAGCAACCCAAAUUGAUGCCAACCCACAAUGAAGCGGUAGAAAAUAGAGGCACACUGAAAAACUUGACUCCUCCACCUCCAUUGGUCUCCUUGGAUCUGGAAAUGAAUCGAAGUCAACAAGUACAUGGAAUGCCGCGUGCGAUGUUGUGCGAGUCGAACAUACGAGAUCCUCGCAUACACCGCCCUUAUCCAAGACGACCUCAGUUUGAGUACAUGUCGCCUACGGUGCACUAUUAUAACGAGAGAAAAUAUUUUAAAGCAAAUACCGAACACCAUUCAUAUCCUUGUUGGGUUUCUCCUCUACCUACACCGUUUCCUGUUAAUAACAGAGGAACGGAGAUACCACCAAAGCCUUGGUGGUAUCAGCAAAGAGGCGUAAUGCCACAUGAUCACAGAGCAAACCGACAGCAGUUUGACCCGGUGUACCCGAUACAUGGAAACUGUGGGGUCCCUGUGCCUCAACAUGGUAACCCUGCGUUUCCGCCGAAACCUGGUCUCCUACCUAACCCCUGGAAACGUGGUCUCCUACCAGACCCUUGGCACCCGCGUAGUAACCCAUGUUACACGCCGCAUCCUGUUGUUACGCCAAGAUAAAUGAUUUUUAGUGAGAUAUAGGCUUGUGGUGCGAUUCGGGAAUGGGAGGGGGCGGGGUGCUUUAGAAAGACAAUCAAUCAUGCAAAAGAAAAGAUAAGAAGUGACUCUGAUUAUCCCCGAACUUAAACUAAUUUAAUGGAAAUUUGCACGGUCCAUUUUCCUUCGCCGACAAUUCAUUUUUCUUUUAAAAAAUUAUAGACAAAUUUACCAAAAAAUCUGAUCCAAAAAUCGCCUAUUUUCGCUGUAAAGUCCAUCGCGCUGCAUUUUCCAAUAAAUAUGAAGUACUUCUCUUGUACCGAUAGUUAGCUUAGGCAAAAGGAGGGCAGAAAGAAGAGGACGGCAAAACGUGUGUGUGUUACAAACGUGACAGGGUUAUUACUUGGGUGUUUUGUCGUGAUCUCGAAAGUCCCGGUAACUUUCGGGCCCGAAAACACACAUUCAAAUCGAAAUGUAAAGAACAAGAGCGUGGGUCCUGGCUAGCGUGCUACUCCGUUUCGUUUCAUUAACUGAUAGUUUUAUCUAUUAGAUACAAAGCUAUUGAAACCUCUAUCUUCCAUGUAAACCACAACAGCUUUACGGGCCCGUUAAUUAUCGGGACUUUCGAGAAACGUGUCCCUGGUCUUUCACCGAAGGAUCUGUUUUAGGGGAGUUGAAGUUUGGCGGAAAUUGUUUUUCAAGCAUGACAUUUUCUCGCUUGGCUUGUCACACAAGGUUUGCCGUUGCCUUUGCCGUCCUAUUGCGUGACUUCACUAUUGUUUCAUACUGAACUGAGAAUCAAGCCUUUCAUACGGGUCACUGAAGAGGAGAUUUAAAAAGACGAAGAGGGUCGAGAAGGAGAGAGGGGAAACGGGGUGCCAUGGAGCUCUGACGACGACGUUGUUUAAUUAGCUAACGAAACAAUGUCCUGCCUUAGCCCUGAAAACAAUGGCAGGUGUCUUUUCAGAAGACAACGACGAUAGAACCAGAAUAGAAGUUUCUUAUUCGUGCCUCCGGACGAUAAAUGGCCUAUCCUAUCCUCGCUUUCUUAUCCUUUCGCUCCUCUUUCUCCCUAGAAAAGCCAGAUUCUCAGUUUAAUUCAUAGAAAAGAACGUUCAUGACAAUUAGGGCGGCGAAACUUCAAUGAAAAGGCACGAGUAUCCCAACUCGUCCUCUUUGUCAAAUGUAGGCGAGCUCUCCCGGAGUUGAAUUUUUUAGAAAAACUAUCCAAGUUCAAAGAGAGAAAGACAAAAUUCGUCAUUCUUUUCACGUUACAAAGUGUGCUGAGCGUGUAAAAGUUAUUGUUUUGCUAACCUAAACCUAUUGCGUUUUUGACGUUCUGGUUGCCUUCGUGUCAUGUUAAACUCCCUAAUUCUGAUAACCGAACAAAUUUAUUACUACUAUACAAAAGGCAGUACCUGGACGUUUUAAAGCGAAAAUAGACGAUAAUGGAAAGUAAGGUUUUGAUACUCUACCUCUAAAAUCACUUGAAAAGCCAUUUGGUUGUAGCCGUGUGAAGUUUUCCGUUCUGACUGUAAGGGAAAGGAAACGAAGACAGCGGAAGAAGAGAUUGAGAUUUUAUUAAUGACAUAUUUAAUAAUUAAUUGGGUUAAUAUAUAUAAUUGUAAUGCUUAUCAUUCGCUCAUGUCGAGUAUGGUUUCAGCUAUAACCGAUUUUCGCAAACACGUUAUUUGCAUCGGAGGUUAAGAAUUUAUAUUUAUGUAAAAUAACGAGAAGAGUUUUAUAAGAGUUUAUUCCUCAGAAAUCUGUAUACUAAGCUUCGCUUGCGAAAUAAAAUGGUUC